GUCCUUUCUCUGGGGUUACACGAUGAGCCUCCGCCUCUGUUAUUCCGCCUACUUUCCCUUCCUACUUCAUGCAGCGGUUUUUUUUUUUCCUCCAACUGCUUCGUGGCUUCUGGCCUUCAGAUCGGACCCUUUUGCCGCUCGCCCCGUUUGCUCUUCCUUAGCGGCCCCGUUUUCUUCUCCAAAUGCGACGAAACUCCUAAUGGAAAGCGAGGCAGCGUGCUGGUAGCUGGUUAAAUGCAACUGUGUCAGUAAGGAAGGAAAAGCAAACAUGAGAGUAGCGGGAGCUGCAAAAUUAGUGGUAGCAGUAGCUGUGUUCCUGCUGACGUUUUAUGUCAUAUCUCAAGUAUUUGAAAUAAAGAUGGAUGCCAAUCUAGGGAGCCUGUUUGCAAGGUCACCGUUGGAUAUACCUUUACGUUCCACAAAACCCCCAAGAUACAAAUGUGGAACUACAAAAGCUUGUCCAGAGAAUCAUUUUGCUUUCAAAAUGGCAAGUGGAGCAGCCAAUGUUGUUGGACCUAAAAUUUGUGUAGAAGAUAAUGUCUUGAUGAGUGGAGUUAAAAACAAUGUUGGGAGAGGCAUUAAUCUAGCUUUGGUAAAUGGCAAAACAGGUGAACCAGUGGACACAAAGUACUUUGAUAUGUGGGGUGGAGAUGUAGCUCCAUUUAUUGACUUCCUGAAGAAAAUUCCAGAGGGAACUAUUGUAUUAAUGGCAACGUAUGAUGAUGGUGCCACUAAGCUUAAUGAAGAAGCACGGAAGCUAGUAGCUGAAUUGGGAAGUACAUCCAUCAUGACCCUUGGCUUCAGAGACAAUUGGGUUUUCUGUGGUGGAAAAGGAAUUAAGACCAAAAGCCCAUUUGAACAGCAUAUUAGAAACAACAAAGAUACAAACAAAUAUGAAGGGUGGCCAGAGGUGGUAGAGAUGGAAGGCUGCAUCCCGCAGAAGCUGGACUGAAGGAACCAUCCAAUGGACAUGUACAAUGCAAAGAACAAAGGAGGGGGAAAUGCACUUUCUGCUGCUAUUAGGUAGAGGGUUCUGGAGGAAGAAUACUGUGUAUAGGCACAUCUCCUCUAGGAUGGUCCUUGCACAAGGCCCAUAAAAAUGGAAGGGAGACCGCAGGAGCACAAUGAAUCACUCCAAUUCAUUUAAAUGGGGCUUGGACAGGAACAUCUCCGGCUGGAUUGUGGGCCAUGUAAAUACUCUCCAAGCAUGUUUCCACCUUAGAAUGUGCAUGAGCAUUGACAUUUUUGAGCAUCUGGCUUAUUUAUUGGUAAAACAGAAACAACCCUCUCUGCUUUCUUUUGUAAAUAGGUCUCAAACAAAACAGUUAUUUCUCAGCACCUGUCCCCCGCUCCCUGCCCAUCUUUUUCUUGUUAACUUGUUUCUGAAGCACAACAUCCAGGUUAUUUUAUGUUAAAUGUCUUUCAGAAUUACCAUCAUAGGUUAUUAUGCAUACAAAAUAAAUGGCUGAACUGAUGCUGAGCUAUGUUGUACUUUGCUCCAACUAUGAUGGCAUUACUGUGAGUUCGUCUAUUUUUUGGGAUAUGUAAUUUUAAUCCCCCUCCAAAAGGGAUAACAGAUUACUUUUUAUUCUUUGUUGCUCUGAAAGCAGCAUUUUUUGCUAUCCCCUUCAAACUUUCAAAUAGGUAAUGGCUGAGUGUUUAAUACAAAAAUGUAGGCCUGCUGUAAGAAGCACAAUUGAAUCUUUUUUAUUAAAGCCAAAUGUAUAACAUUGUGUGUGUUGCUGUGGCUAGAUUAUCUGCAUCCCAGGCUUCUGGUCAGCAGUGCUUGACUGCUAGUAGAGCAGGUCCAUGUGGUUGCUUCUUGUGUGUCUGUACUUAGUUAAACCCUUUUACAGUUCUGUGACCCACCAACCACAUCAAUUGGUUUCGGUAAUACUGAAGUCAGAGAGGGAAGCUGGUGUUGGCAGUCAGCAUGUUAUCCCAAAAGUGAGUAAUAGCGUGAUAAAAAGUAGGUUCGUUUGUAAUAGAAAUUAAUUUGGCAUGAAUUGUUCAGUCUAGACACCUGUGAAGCCUAUCCUGCUAUUAUAAAUUGAAGGAUGGGGGAAGAAUUCUAUGGAGCACAACAUGUUUUACAAGCUAAUAAAACAGCCUAUUUUAACAGAAGAUUCUUAAAAGGCAAACCAAGUUAAAGCUUGUUUUCCACAGGUGUUUGGUGCUCUGGUGUUCUCUCUGGGCACACAUUAAGCCAUACACAAAUUUUAUCUUUUCCCCCUUCCCCUCCUCAAAUCCUCAGUAUGGCAGAUACAAGCAAUACAGAACCAUGUUGCACAUCCCAUGGGUACCUGUGCUGCAGAAAAUCCAUGUUCCCCAGUCCAGCCAGCAGAACUGACUCAAGAUUUAAGGAGCCUCCCCUCCUUCAUGGGUAGACUCCCCACUCCCAGCAGGGGUUUUCCUACUGGCAGUGGCCAUGCUGAGAUCAAUAAAGCACAGCUGUGAGUUACCUGCCAUUUUAAUUACACAAAUGCUCCAUAGCAGAUAAUAACUUCAGAAGAAACAUGAAAUCAAUGUAAUUAAAACUAGGAGACUUGCAGAUCCAGCUGCCUGACAUGGCUGGCCCAGAGAUGGAGGUCAGCUGUGGUCCCUGCUGAUGCCCAGAAUCCAAAGGGCUAUACAGGAACUUCCCCAUGAACAAUUUUGCAUUAUUGAUAUCAAUGGAUAGCGCUACCAUGCUGUAUUACCUACGAAUUCCAUUCCCUGCCCUCUCUCUUCCAACCUCCCUCCAGCUUCAGGAAGCAGACUGACAAGCACCUUUCCCAAUUGGAAGGAACUUUGAGAAACCUGCUAUAGGAAAGCUCCGGUGCAUGAAGAGUAUUUAAAUAUGACUCAGGUUCUUUGGGUUGUGAUGUAUAGCAUUUCUUUUUUUGUGUGUGAGAGGGUGGGGAUACUGCACCAGUAUUUCACUGGUGCUUUUCCAGUGAGAUACUGAGCAGGGAGUUUGCGAGUUACACACACUUCCACAGAGAUGCUGUUAAAGAGAUGUUAGCAAGGUUAGAAAGAGUUUUAAUUUUGUGUCUGUUGUACAAGGCUCAGCUCAGAAUUCUAUAUGUUGUUGUUGUUGUUGUUUAAUCUGCACUGUUGGGUGGUAUGGAUAUCCAACUUUUUUUUAAGGACCUUCUAAAAUCAAGAGUUUUGCUUAGUAACUGGGAAUUGUUGAAACUAAUGAAAUACUGUUUGCACUAAAGUUAUUAAAGCAAUAGGGGGAGUAAUGACUUAAUAGUUAAGAAAAACCACCCAAUUUUCUUAUGCCAAGAAGUGAUUAUUGGAAUUUGAGGAGCUUUACUGUGUUAACUUCAUGCCAUGUUUUGUUGCCGCCUCCUUAAUUUACUGUUGCAGAGCAAUAAAAACACCCUAACUAGUCAAACCAAUUACCUGUGAAAUACCAUGCAUCCUCAUCAUUCAUGUUCUGAAGAAAUAAAAUCACAUUUCCAUGUAUAUUUUUCA